AAUAAAUAAAACAAAAGACCCAAUUCUAUCACAAAGCAUUAAACACAUCUCAGUGUUGCACAUGGUGCGAGGAGAACUCAGAGAAGUGAAGCAGUGAAGCGGGCAGUGUGCUGUAAUGCCGCCCUCCUGCACAGAGGGCGUGUUGCCUUGAAUCAGCCGCGCUGAGAGGGGAGCAGGUUCUGGAUGAAGGCUGAUUAUUAUUCCUGGACUCAGACACUUGUGAUGAUGGCGGCCGAUGAGAAUAAAGAAAUGCGAAGCCUGGAGCUCAGUGGCCAAGUGGGGUUCAACAGCCUUCCUCAUCAAGUGGUCAGCAAGUUAGUUUCUCAGGGAUUUUGCUUCAACAUCCUCUGUGUAGGUGAAACAGGAAUAGGCAAAUCAACCCUGAUCAACACUCUUUUCAACACAACAUUUGAGAACGAGGAAGCUGAUCAUUAUGAGCAAGAAGUGAAGCUGCGAUCGCAGACGUACGAGCUGCAGGAGCACACUGUCAAACUGAAGCUGACUAUUGUGCACACUGUAGGCUUUGGAGACCAGAUCAACAAGGAUGAAAGCUGCAGACCCAUUCUUGACUACAUCGAAGCCCAGUUUGAGAAAUAUCUGGAAGAGGAGCUAAAAAUAAAACGUUCCCUCUCCAACUACGAUGACACCAGAAUCCACAUCUGCCUGUAUUUCAUUGCUCCCACCGGACACACCCUUAAAUCUCUCGAUCUGGUCAUGAUGAAGAAGCUGGACAGCAAGGUCAACAUCAUUCCCAUUAUUGCAAAGGCAGACAUCAUGUCAAAGACCGACCUGGGAAACUUAAAGAAGAAGAUCAUGAAUGAGCUGCAGAGCUACGGUGUGCAGAUAUAUCAGUUUCCGAACGAGGACGAGGAAGUUGGAGAGAUAAACUCUUCCUUAAAUGCUCGCCUUCCCUUUGCUGUCGUUGGAAGCACGGAGGAUGUUAAAAUAGGGAACAGAAUGGUGAAAGCAAGGUCGUACCCCUGGGGAGCUGUACAGGUGGAAAACGAAGAGCACUGUGACUUUGUUCAUCUGAGGGAGAUGCUUCUGCGCGUUAACAUGGAUGAUCUCCGGGAGCAAACACACUCUCGUCACUACGAACUCUAUCGCCGCUGCAAGCUGCAAGAGAUGGGCUUCAAGGACACUGACCCUGACAGCCAGUCGUUCAGCCUGCAGGAGAUGUAUGAGGCCAAAAGAAGGGAGUUCCUCAAAGAACUGCAGCACAGAGAGGAAUCAAUGAGACAGAUGUUUGUUAACAAAGUGAAGGAAACGGAAGCCGAGCUGAAAGAAAAAGAAAAAGAGCUUCACGAGAGAUUCGAAGUGCUGAAGCGCAGGCACCAGGAAGAAAAGAGGAAUCUGGAGGAGAAGAGGCGAGAACUGGAAGAAGAGAUGAAUGCCUUCAACAGGAGGAAGGUAGCAGCUGAAACGCUGAUGGGACAAGCGCUGCAGGGAUGUUCGCAACAGCCGCUCAAGAAGGAAAAGGACAAAAAGAACUUCUUCAGUCUCCCCUCUGCGUGCUCCUUAAGCUCAGGAAGGAACCUGAAUUAGGAGACUUUGUCGCAUGAAAACAUCAGACUAACAAUCAAUUGUUUUUAUUUUUACAAUGUUUAAUAAAGAUUUUAUAGAACUAAAACAAGCGUCAAGAUGAGUCAAGCUGAUGUCUUCAACGUCGUCUGCAAAUUUAUCUGCACACUUUUAAACAACACGCUGUGGCAUUGUCUCUGCAUGGCUCCUGAACUUGAUUCCUGCAAUUGCUAAGACGUCUGCUUCGCCAAAAUGUGUUUUGUACUGCAGUGCCUUGCAAAAGUGUUCAGACUUCUUGAAGUUUUCCAAAAAUGUAUUAUGUUACAUCCACUAACUUCUGCAUCUUUUAUUAUGCUAUUAUAUUAUGUUAAAGAGCAAUGCAAAAUAGUACAUGUUGUGCAGUGGAACAGAAUUUAGACAUGGUUUUCAAAUUGUAUUUCUUUUGUAAUUAAAUAUGUGUGGUGUGCAUCUGUAUUUAGCUUUUUUGAGGUCAAUACGUUCUAAAGUAGCUUUGUGCUAUCACAGCCAUGAGUCUUAUGUGGUAUGCCUUCUUUGCAGAUCUAAAAAUCAAAAUUUUAAACCUGUUCAAACUCAAUUAGAUUGGAUAGAACAUUCUGUCUGCUGUAUUCCUUUGUCUGCAAAAGAAUCUUUGUUAUUAACUAAUGUUCUAAAAAAAAGUGUGCCAUAUGCAGUGAGAUGGUGUUAGACAUCAGUCAGACUCUUUAGAUAAUCAUGACUUCUGAAGGAACUGGUUGCAGUGGAUUUUAUAAAAAAAAAAAUUCUAGAGUAAAGAAA